AUGAAGUUAUUUUCAAUUGUUGCUCUCUUUGUGGCUGUUGCUGCUGCACAAACUGGUACUCCCCAGUGGACGGAUACUCCUGGAGAGACUGGAUACACUGGAGAGCCUGGAUACACUGGAGAGCCUGGAUACACUGGAGAGACUGGAUACACUGGAGAGACUGGAUACACUGGAGAGCCUGGAUACACUGGAGAGCCUGGAUACACUGGAGAGCCUGGAUACACUGGAGAGCCUGGAUACACUGGAGAGCCUGGAUACACUGGAGACACUGGAUACACUGUACACCCAGACGAGACGAGUGCGUAUCCAUCGAACACUGAAGGGUCAGGAACAGGAACCUCCGGCCCCGGUGGAGAGAGACCGUCUCAUGCUCCAUGGCACACGACUGGUGACCCCAUGGAGACUGGUGGUCCAGACUAUGCAUACUCUGGAUAUCCAGAUGAGACGAGUGAGCAUCCGUGGCAUUCAUGGGACACUGAAGGAUCAGGAACAGGAACCCCCGGCAACGGAGGAGAGAGACCGUCUCAUGCUCCAUGGCACACGACUGGUGACCCCUCUGCUUCAGACUCUGCACACUCUGGACCUCCAGUGCAGACGUGGCGUCCUGGAAAAGGACCUCGGCCAAGACCAACUUCUGCUUUCCGAACGAUGGAGAACAGACGCCCAGGAUGGACCAGACCAUGUCCCAAGGGUCAGAUUGAGUUUUCUCCAAUUUUCAAGAUCAAUGAUUUGACAAUUCAGAACAUCACAGCGAUCCCACUGAAGAACGGGAGCAACACCACUUUUCUUUGCCCAAAGGGGCAGUAUGUGAAGCUCUUCUACAACAGUACGGCUGGACCUAGCGUCUCCUUUGAGUACGGCACUACAGCAUGUAAUAAAUAG